AUGCCGCGCGGCGGACGCGGGUCAGGCGGACGCGGUUCCGCCCCCAAGGUCCGCCCCGUCACCGAACUCGCGCGCAUAGACAUCGCCAAAGCCCUGGAGGAUUUCAGAGCCGAUCCGAACGCGAGCGAAUUGGAGUUCCCACCGAACGUGGACAAUCACUUCAGAGCCGUCGUGCACGCGGAGUGCAAGAAGCUCGGGUUGAAAUCAAAGUCCCACGGCAAGGGCGACGACCGACGCGUGCGCGUGACGAAGGCCGAAGCGUUUAGGCCCGAUGACGCGGAGGAUCUGUUCGAUCUCGGGCUCGGCGCGCGCGCGGCGGCGGCGAUGGAGGAAUACUUUGAAAAGGCGCCGCAGAGCGAAGCGGAGAUCCGGCGGAGCGUCGCGGGUUCCGUCGGUGAUUUCGACGGCGAUGGCGAGCGUGAAGCGCGUGUGAAGACGAAGAAGCGGUCGUACAAGGGUGGGGUGGAGAUGCGGGGGAGAGCGAUCGAUGCGGGUGAGGCGACGCGGAGGGCGGAUGCGUUGGCGGGGAGAAUACGGAGCGACGCGGCGUUGGGGGAGUUGCAAAAGAAGCGCGCGGCGCUGCCGGUGGCGAAGUUUCGGGAUGAUAUAUUGAAUGCAGUGAGGAAUCAUCAAGUCACCCUCGUCGCGGGGUCCACGGGGUGCGGGAAGACGACGCAGGUUCCGCAGUACUUGUUGGACGACGCGUGGGCGAGCGGAAGCGGCGCGGCCAUCGUGUGCACGCAGCCGAGGAGAAUCAGCGCCAUGACAGUGUCAGAGAGAAUCGCGAACGAACGCGGGGAGAGUAUAGGGCAAAGCACGGUGGGUUAUCAGAUUCGUUUGGAGAGUCGAGUCGCGGCGGACUGUUCGUUGUUGUUUUGCACGUCGGGCGUCUUGCUGAGGAAACUCACAAGCGAGACUUCGGAUAAGACGUGUGAGGCGCUGACGCACAUCAUCAUCGAUGAAUUACACGAGCGCGAUCUUUUUGCCGAUUUCUUGACCAUCAUCCUGAGGCAAGUAUUGCCGAAGCACCCGCAUCUGAAGCUCGUGCUCAUGUCUGCGACUAUGCGGGAGGAUUUGUUUAGCAAUUACUUUGGGGGAUGUCCUGUGAUCUCCGUUCCCGGUUUCAUUCAUCCCGUGACGGAGUAUCACUUGGAAGAUAUCUUGCCAAUGGUUGGUUGGGGUGGGACUCAUCACACCGCGGUUGGGGCGAAGAAGAGCGAUGGACCCAUUGUGAACGCGCCGACGUCGGGCUCCGGCGUGGAUGUCAUGCGCGAGGCCAUCAUGCGCGCCUUCUUAGAGGAUACCGACGAAUCGUUCGAUUGGUUGAUGCAGUGCGCGCGAGAAAGCGAUCCACAAGGUCUAUCGUACGUCAACGUGUGUCAUUCCACCGGCGCGACCGCGCUCAUGGCGGCUGCGGGUAAGGGGCGACAGAUGGAAGUGUCCCAGCUCCUCGGACUCGGCGCGUCGCCAGCGAUGCGAAGCUCGGAUGGGAGCAACGCUGCCGAUUGGGCCGAGAGAUUUGGCCACAUCGAGCUCGCGGAGGCGCUCAGAAGCGUAGACGAUGAGGAUGAUCACGCCGGGAGUCAUGAGCAAUCAGCGCUCCUCCUCAGCAAUUAUCAACUCUCCAUCGACCCGGACGAGGUGGACAUUGAUUUGAUACAUAAUCUCAUCGUGUGGAUCGUGCGCGAGCGCACCGUGGAUGAGAAGUCGGAGGGUGCCAUUUUAGUAUUUCUUCCAGGAUGGGACGAAAUAUCCAAGCUCCGCGACUCCCUGAGCGCUGAUUACAACGUGUGCCGUGCAGCAAGCAUCCUGCCCUUGCACUCGAUGGUCGCUCCGGCGGAACAGCGAAAGGUGUUUCAGCGCCCAGCCAAGGGCAUGCGAAAGAUCGUUCUUUCAACGAAUAUCGCCGAGACGGCAGUGACAAUCGAUGACGUCGUGUUCGUGAUCGAUAGUGGUCGACUCAAGGAGAAGAGCUACGAUGCCUACUCGGCUGUUUCGACGCUGCAAGCGGCAUGGAUUUCUCAGGCGAGCGCGAAGCAGAGGCGCGGUCGAGCUGGUCGCGUUCGCCCGGGUGAGUGCUUCAGGGUCUAUUCGUCCUCACGUUACAGCUCGUUCGCGGAGUAUCAGCUCCCCGAGAUGCAGCGUUCGCCGCUCGAGGAACUCUGUUUGCAAGUGCGCGUGUUGGCAGAGAGCGGUGCCGGUGUCGUCGAAGACGGUCCCGGAAGCACUGCCGGUUUUCUCGCUCGCGCAAUCGAACCUCCGGUGCCUCAGGCGACGGAAAACGCGGUGCAAUUGCUCAAGGACAUUGGAGCGCUCACAAACGACGAGCGAUUGACCCGACUCGGUCGUCACCUCGGCGAGCUUCCAUUACAUCCGCGCGUCGGCAAGAUGAUUUUGUACGCCGCGCUCUUUGGAGUCCUAGAUCCGAUUCUCACCGUGGCUUGCGCGGCGGCGUACCGCCCCCCGUUCAUAAUCUCUACCGAUGGAAGGCGAACGGGUGACAUCGCGCGCGCGGCGUUCUCCGAUCAAGCCGGCGGCGGAAGCGACCAGCUCGCUGUGACCAAGGCGUAUGAGGCAUGGGAACGCGUGUUGCGAGACGGCGGUCGUUCAGGAGAGAGAAUGUUCCUGAACGCCAACUCGCUUUCGCCUUCGACGCUACACAUGAUCAAGGGUAUGAGACAGCAGCUCGUUCAAGCGUUGAUUCAGCGCGGCAUCAUCUCCGACCUGCGGAGCGCGAGCGUGAACUCGCAGUCAGGGGCACUCGUUCGAGCGGUGCUCGCUGUCGGCAUGUACCCACUCGUGGGGAGAUUUUUACCGCAGUGCAAGGCGCCAACGUUAGCGACACUGCGAGGUGAGCGCGUUCGCGUGCACGCGCAUAGUGUCAACGGAAAGGUCGACGUCGCGGAGAUCUCAUCGAGACGAGAGAGCGGCGAAAAGAUCGCCACGCUCUGCUGCUUUGACGAGCUCAUUCGAGGCUCGCACGCGGUGCAGGUUCGAGAGUGCACUCUCGUCGCCGCAGCUGCAAUCGUGUUUGUUUGCGCCAAACUUACCGUGCGACCGGACGUCCCGCACGUCGAUCCGGAGACCGGGGAGGAGAUUCCGAGACCCGGACCGCCUUCGGCGCUCCUCGUCGUCGACGACUGGUUGAGAUUUCGCGUGCCGUUACGCGCGGUGGCCCAGAUCACCGUCCUCCGUUUACGCUUGCAAAAUGCGUUCGCGAUGAAGGUUGAGCAUCCGCAAGAGAUGCUCCCGAAGGACAUCCACGAAUCGGUACGAUGCGUUUCUCGAGUGCUCGCGGACGCCGCGGAUGAACUCCUGAACCGGCACGGCGGCGGCGGCGUGUCCUUCGCGCGAAACGUCGGCGGUGGCGACUACGGCGGUGGACGCGGUGGACGCGGUGGCGGACGCGGUGGACGCGGACGCGGAGACGGCCGUUUCGACGGACGCGGCGGCGGACGCGGCGGCGAUAGAGGCCGAGGCGUCUCCAACAUACCGCAACCGCGACGCUAA